AUGUCAGACAUCUGUAAUGGUAUUACAUCUGUUAAUUAUAUUUCUGAAAAAGAAAUAGCAAAAGUAAUUAAAAUUUAUUUUAAAGAAAACGCGGUUUUGUUAGACUAUUCUAUAGAUUUUGCGAGUCAAAAUAUGCUAGGAUUUUUAUGUGACUAUUUAAGGUUGAACGUAAAUGUAUCUUUUGGUGCUAACGAGAAGCGAGUAUUAAAUUGUUUUAUCAAGUCUAUAUCUAAGAGUAAUAAAGCUAAAGCGGCAAUGGUUCAAGAGCUAAAACUGUUUGAAAAAGAAUUAAAGUUUUACACAAUCAUAACAGAAAUGCUUCGUAUACCAGGCAUAAAAGCAUGGAGUCCAAAACUAAUUGUGGCUUUAAAAGACGCUAUGGUUUUUGAAGACUUAAAUUCCCUGGGAUACAGAAUGCACUAUAAGCUCAAAACUUUUGACGAUGCUCAUAUUUUUCAAGCAUUAAAAACUUUGGCGAGAUUUCAUGCCUCUUCCAUUAUUUAUGAAGAACAAAAAUCAGUUGAAUUGAAUCGUCCCUACAGGAUUUGCGACGACUAUAAAGAUUAUUUUGACAAGGGUGGAUAUGAAAUAUCAGCCCCAUGGUUUAGUCAAUGUAUGAUAGGCGCGUUGGAAGUUGUAAAAAGCCAUUCAAAAUACGCUAAAACCAAAGAUAUACUUGAUAAGUGUGAGAAAAAAUGGCGGAACGUAUGGAAAGCAGCGCUGGAUUUGACAGACCCAUCGUCUAAAUACAGGAAUGUUAUCUGUCAUCGGGAUUUGUGGAAUAAUAACUUAAUGUUUCACUAUAAAGGAAAUGAACCUGAUGAUUGCUUAUUAGUGGACUUUCAAGCAGCCAAGUACCACCCACCUGCAGGGGAUGUUGUACUUCUGCUUUUCUGUAACUUAGAGGCUUUCUACCGAGAAGAGAAUUUUAAUAGAUGUUUAAAAUAUUACCAUUGUAAACUUCAGUACAUUCUCGAACAGAAUUGUAUUGAAAUAAAUGAUAUUAUUCCGUUGAAAACGCUUCAAGAAUCAGCAAAAGACUUCCGCCUUUGGGGGCUGGUAGCUACCGCAUGUCUUGUGCCACAAUUUUGGAUGAACGACGAUUUAACUACAGAGAUCUUUACCGAUUCCAACCAAUUUAAUAAAAUACUAUCGCAGGAUAAAACUACUUUUAUCAGGAAAAUGUGCGAUGAAAACGUCGAGUAUCGAAUGAAAGUUUUGAAUUUAUUUGAAGAAAUUGUUUGCAAAUAUAUCUUAAAUUAAAUUAUCAAAAAUAAUUCGACUGUGAACAUUAUUUGAGCGUCUAUGUAUACGUGACGUAGACAAUACGUUUAAAGCAGAUUUUUAAAUUAUUACCACGCAUCUGUGUUCAUUUAUUUAUUUAUACAAGGAUAAUACAUGUACGAUUUACCUGACGGAAAAUAUAUACAAAGUGGUUCUAGAUAAGGUCUAGUAUGUAAACAAAUAUUUUUAAGUAAAGUAUAUUUUAAGUAAACGUUUAAAAUUUUAGAGAUCCAGGCUUCAAGCGAAGUUGAAUAAACUUAUUGUCUUCUAGUUUCCGACCAUAUUUUUCAUGCCAAGGGUCCUUGUAUCUUUGUGAGUAAAUGUUGCAAAAGGGACGUAAUAGUAUAAUGUAGAUCAACUCGACGAAGCUAAGUAAACUCGCGCCAAGGAAUAAGCCACCUGUGCCACCUGUUGAAACUAAAACAAAAUGUUAUGUACUUAUCUAACAGCCGCUAGUUACAAUAACGUAGAGAGUAUACGUAACGUGACCAAACGUCCCGUUUUGAACGGGACUGUCCCUUUUUCCAAUUAUCUCCGAUAUGAACUCCGUUUUCAAAAACCGCGCGAAAAUGUGCGUAGAAUU